CAAGCUCACUUGAAAGGCAAAGUCAGAAUAGUGGGGUCUAUUAUGAGGUUACAACUAUGUGUAGAUCUAGUGCUAAAGAUACAUCACAGGUGGUUGAUUUGGUAUCUUACUACGGCAGAAUCAUUGACAUCAUCUUGCUAGACUAUAAUAUGUUCUAUGUUCCUCUGUUCCGGUGUCAAUGGGCAGUGAGAGGUAAUGGAGUUAAGGUGGAAGAUGGGUUCACACUUGUUAACUUGAAUCAGGGUCAAGUCAGUUUUUUGCAGGAUCCAUACAUACUAGCAUCUCCGGCAAAACAAGUAUUUUAUUCAAGGGAAGAUGAUUCCUCCAAUUGGUUUGUUGUUAUGAGAGGUUCUACAAGAAGAUAUAGUAAAGAAGAUGUUCAGGAUGGAAAUGCAGAUAUUGGUCCAUUGCAAGCAGCUGCUGAAGGGAGAUUACCAGCUGAAGUCACUGAUAAAGAUGGAGUACAGGAUGAGCCUGAAGGUGAGGUUGAGUUAUCUGAAGACCAUCAGCCUAAGCGUAAGAAACAUAGGGGACCAACUAAGAUGAAAAACAUUGCCAAAGAUCCAACUGUCAGAGAAAAAGUUGACUACACUCUCAUGGGAGAUCCUUAUGGUCCAGGGUCAGUGAAGCUGUCAUCAUACGUUGGAACAUUGGUUAGAGAACUUGUUCAUGUUAUAAUUGAAACUGGAAGCAUGUUAGUCAAGAUAUCAAAACAGUUUUGUGGAAAUAUGUUCAGGUCAUUCAAGUCACGCAUUGUCAAGGAUAUCAAUGAGGCUGCUAAUAACCAACAGAGGAUGAAUAUGAGACCAAUGAAUGUAUCUCCAACAGAUUGGAGAAGAUUUGUCAAAGUCAAAACAAGCACAUCCUUUAAGGCUGUAAGUGAUAAAUAUAAAGAGAGGAGGAGUAAACAGAUACCUCAUACUACUAGCCGCAAAGGAAUGGUCAGACUUGCUGAGGACGUGAAAAUUAAAAGUGGAGAUCCAUCUGAAGUGACUAGGCUGAAGGUGUGGGUCAAGUCGCGUACCAAAAAGGAUGACACGCUAGUGAAUACCAAUGCAGCUGAAAAGAUUAUGAAAGCAGUUGAGCUUGUUGGAAGUGAUGCUCCAACAACCACAACAAAUCCAGAAGAAGAUCACCUCUCUCAACUUUUAGGACCUGACAAUCCUGGUAGGAUGCGGGCAAUGGGUAGAGGCAUAAGUAAGACAAAAUUAGCUUGUUUCCAAGUGAAGACCAAGUGUAUGACUGACAUGCAAGAGAAGGAGGUUCAGUUACUGAAGAAGGUGAAUGAGUUGCAAGAGGAACUUAGCAAAAUGAAGAAUCAGAGUGUAAACAAAAGAUCACACCCUAAGUGUGUCUUGGUUGAUUGGUCUGAUAGUGAUGAAAACAUUGGUGAGGAGCGUAUUCUAUCUUCUGAUCCUGAUGACUUAGUGAAUGACUGUCGUCUAGGCCCUACAGAUCUUAAAGUGUUGGUUGAAACUGCUACUAAAGCAGAUGCAUUCAUCUGGAGACCAGCAACUAAGAUGUUUACUAUUGAGGAAGCUGUUGGACAGAUUAUUGCAUGGCCAGCCUCUAAGUGUGUUCUUUUGGACAAGGAGCUCCAAAUAGAAGACAUUGCGCCUUUGGGCCUAAGAGUAAACUCUCUGAAUAAAUGUAAACUGCUGGAUUUGUCUAAUGAUGAUGUAAUUGUUGAUGAGGGUCGUUGGCAGACACAAGAAGAAACUGCAUUGGUUAAUGGACUACCGCUUGGACCAAAGGCAGUAAAAGUAUUUGUGGAUUCAGUGCUUCAACCAGAAACAUUCAUAUGGAGGCCUACAAUUGAUAUGAUAUAUCUUGAGGACUGUUUGAUGGCUUUUGUUUCAUGGCCUGUCAAUAAAGUUAGCUUUGAGAAUCCAUCUGCUGGACAGCAUUCUGCAUCAACUGAUAUACCAUCAGGAUCUAAAUCUGUAGUUGGGACACAAUCUGUGGAGACAAGUGCUAAAGCAGCGUCAACUGCCUCUAAAUCUUCAGGAUCAGGUUCUGAAUCUCCUAUUGAGACUGCAACACGUCCAAGCCCUACACGUAUCAUGCAAAAUGGUUCAAAGGAAAAUAAGAAGUGCAUGUUGAUGGACAUUACCGGAAAGAAUCAAAUAGUUGCUGAAGGACGAUGGGUAACAAAUGAUCCAAACCAGAAGGUUCACUUUGUUCCUUUGGGUUCUAAUGCAGUUAAAGUGUCGGUAGAUAUUGUCAAAGUUAGCGAUGCAGAAGUUUGGAGGCAAUCAGAUGAAAUAGGGAUUAUGGAAGAUGCCAUUGGGACAGUUAUUGCAUGGCCUGAGGACAAAGUGAUCAUGGCCUGAAGGUUGGUUUGUGAAACUUCUUAGUAAAACUUGUUUUCAGACAUUUAGUUGGUUUUGGAUCUUAAGGAGAAACACUUGUUAGCUUGUUAUGUGAAACUUGUUUUGUGUAAUGUAUUUUGGAUUUGAAAUGAAUGAUGUAUUUGGGGAUUUAAUAAAACAGGUGUGUUAAU